ACUAACGAAAAUGCUCAUCAACGACAAACAGCAAUCGGACGCAGCCGCCCACCGGCCACCACCCAGCUAACUGCCUCGCUCAGCUGCCAGGCAUGCAGAAGCCGGAGUUCAAGGAAGGCCGCAAUCACCUGCAGCCUCUGCGGCCAGCGCUGGCACACGUCCUGCGCUAAGCUGACCAUCCAACAGGCGCGAGCUCUCUCCGUGUGGCAUUGUCAGCAGUGCCUUGGCCGCCCGGCUGCCACUUUGGAACCGCCCACCCAGACGUCAGAAGCCCCACUCUGCGGGAUCGCGGCAGGCUUGUCGAAACUCCGCGCCAGCACGAAGGUUAUCGCCCGGAUUCCGAAAGCUGCGCGGUCUUUAGUCGCCGAUUCCCUGUCAGAAGUGGUGAAUGAGGCAGUCAACAGUCCAACCUCAUCAUCAUCGUGGUGGAAGUUUCUGUCGUUUGCCUUUGUUGCUCUACGCACACCCGACUCGACCAAUAGCGGGGAACGGGGCCCAACACUGGCGUCACACAUACGACGUCAGGUGGCCGGGCUAGACUCCGCCGCUCCGCCCUCGCGGACGGUGGAGAGGCGCGCCCCUACUCCACGGACAACGACUCCUGACUCUCUUGCUCGCCGAGUUCGUGCUAAGUGCGCCGACGGGGAUAUCCGGGCCGGUCUCCGUCUCCUGACCUCCAGCGACACCUUCGUCGACCCUAGUGCCGAGGUCAUCGCCGCGCUCCGACUGAAACACCCGCUCGCACCACUCGACCAGAGCCUACCGCCACCUCCCGCGGCCUCCGACCCUCCCCCGCUCACUGUCACGGAGGAGCAGGUGCGGGCCGCCAUCUUCAGCAUGCCACCAGGAUCGUCUGCUGGUCUCGACGGCAUCCGGCCAUUACACCUACGACAGCUGCUCUCCCGAGAGACCGCCGAGUCCGGCCGGCGCCUCCUCUCCUCCCUGACGGCCCUCACCAACCUGGUUCUGCGCGGCCUCGUGCCAGAGUGUGGUCGCGACGCUCUAUUCGGAGCAUCACUCUGCGCUCUGAGAAAGAAGGACGGUGGUCUGCGCCCGAUAGCCGUUGGAAGCGUGUUCCGCCGCCUGCCAGGACGCAUCGCCGCGAGACACAUCGCUGACAUUAUCGGUCCGGAGCUACGCCCCACCCAGCUCGGGGUCGGCACCCCGCUGGGAUGCGAGGCCGCAGUGCACGCAGUGCGGGAAUUCAUCAACUCCGACUCCACCAGCUCAGACACACCGCGAGUCAUGGUCAAAAUCGACGUGCGUAACGCUUUUAACACCAUCCGACGGGACGUCAUCUUGGCCAGGAUUCACGAGCGCUGCCCGGAGGUCUACCCGCUGGCCUAUCAAGCCUACCACCUCCCAACACCGCUGCACAUCGGGGACCAGACGGUACUGUCAGCGACCGGAGUCCAGCAGGGGGAUCCUCUUGGACCUGCCGCCUUCGCACUGGGAGUCGACGCAUGCGCCCGAGCCAUAAGAUCGCCUUUGAACGUGUGGUAUUUGGACGACGCCACGAUCGCCGGCCCGGCUGAUGUCGUCCAGUCUGACCUCCACUCACUCGCCAAGGCUCUGACAGAACUCGGUCUGCAGCUGAACCCGGCGAAGUGCGAGGUAGCCAUCAUCGACGCGGCGCCCCAGCUAGCUCAAAACGCAGCGGUCGACAGCAUUCGCAGUGUCCUGCCGGAGAUAACAGAAAUCCCUCUCCACAGCGUCACUCUGCUGGGCGCACCACUGCAGGACGCCAGCCUCACCGCAGCUGCCAAUGGUGCCGCCGAACUCAUCGGACGCCUAUGCACCCGACUGACGCACCUGGACCGACACACUGGACUUUUCUUUCUCGUCCACUACGCGUCAGCGCCUCGCCUCCAGUACCUGCUGCGCUCAGCGCCCCUGUACAAGGUGGUGCCCGCGCUCAAGCUGGUGGACGAGCUGGUGCGAGAAACUCUGGUCGAUAUCACAAACGUAAAUAUCAAUGACCAGCUGUGGGAGCAGGCAAAACUGCCAUUCAGACUGGGAGGUCUCGGAGUUCGCUCUGUCGAGGACCUGGCACUGCCGUGCUACAUAUCUUCUCUGCACGCUGCUCUGCCACUCCUCCGCAGCAUCUCUCCGGGGCUGCUUCCGGCCAGCGGUGUGCCACCAACCCUGCAGACAGCAAUUCACCGGUUUUCUGAGGUGACAGGGACCGAACAACUGCCGCCCGCCUCAGCUGUCAGCAGCCAGCGGGCCUGGGACACCCUGUCAGCUACUGCGAUUCGCGAUAAGAUGGUCAACUCCGCCAACCAGCUGCACCGGGCACGCCUGGUCGCCGCCAGUCAGCCACACACGGCCGCCUGGCUGCAGGCUGUGCCGGUGCCGAGUCUCGGCCUACACCUGGACGAGGAGUCGGUGCGGGUGGCAGUGGCUCUCCGCCUCGGAGCCACAGUCUGCGAGCAGCACCGGUGCCGUCUGUGCGGACGUCAAGUGGAUCAGCUCGGCCACCACGGGCUCUCCUGCGUGAAGAGCGCCGGUCGUCUCCCACGUCACGCCCAACUGAAUGACGUGGUGAGGCGCGGACUGGCAAGCGCCGGCAUCCCCUCCAUAUUGGAGCCAGUCGGACUCGACCGGGGUGAUGGCAAGCGACCUGAUGGCCUAACGCUGUUUCCGUACAGCGGAGGCAUGUGUUUGACAUGGGAUGCCACAUGCGCAGACACAUUUGCCGACACUGUGCUGAUUCAGACCGCCCUAGAGCCUGGUGCCGCCGCUCGGGCCGCAGAAGACAGAAAACGGCGCCACUACUCAGAAAUCAGCUCCCGCUUCAAGUUCGUGCCCAUCGCAGUGGAGACCUCCGGGGUACUCGGCCCCGUCACCUCAAAAUUCAUCCGCGAGCUGGGCCAGCUCAUCACCACCCGUACCGGCGAACGACGCGAGACCGAAUGGCUAUUACAGCGUCUCUCGAUCGCUGUUGUGCGAGGCAACGCCGCCGCGGUUCUCGCCACAGCCGCCACAGACCGGGCGAGGGCAGACCGCCGACAGCAGCCACCACCAGACGUGACAGGGGUGCGCACCCGGCCUUCGCCUCCUCCGUCUGCGACGACCGGCCGAGCCUCAGCAAAACAGACAGCAAGGCAGGCCUCACCCGAGUUCUUAGCUGACGAGCCGCUGGCACUCCCGUCGGAGGAGUCCUCUGCACCGCCCAACACCAGACUGUCUCACCACUCACUGCCCGGCAACCCCAGCGAAGACGGCGGCGGGACUGGCAGUGAAUCUGACGGCAGACCGCUCGGUCUCACCGGCCUCAGGAACACGGGCAACACCUGCUUCCUGAACACAGUCGUCCAGUGCCUGAGCAACACACGCGCUCUCCACGAUUACAUCCUGCGCGAUGGACGCUCCUCAGAUGCCAGCAUGCCUGCCGCCGCUACGAAGGGGUCCCUCAUGAACACAUUCAGCGCCCUGAUACGCGACAUGUGGACAUCCUCGGACGAAACGGAGCGGGUGCUCACCACCGCACCACUCAAGUCGAUGAUCCAACGGCUCGCGCCACGCUUCAUGGGCUCUCAGCAGCAGGACGCGCAGGAAUUCCUCAGAUAUCUGCUGCAGGGACUUCACGAGGACGUGAACCGGGUGACGAGCCGGCCAAAGCCGAUCACGACCGACAUCGACGACUCACUGAGCGCCAGUCAAAAGUCAAUGGAGGCCUGGAAACGUUUCUUGCGCCUGGAAAACUCCAAGUUUGUUGACCUGUUCGUGGGCCAGCUCAAGGCUACCCUGCGGUGCACGGUAUGUGGCCACGCAUCGGUUACCUUCGACCCGUUCUGGGAUCUGAGUCUGCCAAUCCCGUCACGAAGUGGCCAGGUGCGCCUACAGGCCUGUUUUGACCUGUUCACCAAAGAGGAGGUGCUCGAUGGCGACGAAAAACCGACCUGCUCAAAGUGCCAGAAGCGCCAAAAGUGCACCAGGAGCCUCUCGAUCCAGAAGUUCCCUCGUAUCUUGGUGGUCCACCUGAAGCGGUUCUCGCCGCAGGAGAGGUUCCGCGGGAAGCUGAACACCACUGUCGACUUUUCGGUGAACGGCCUGGACCUGUCGCCCUACUCGGCCGGACAGACGCCCUGCCGGUACAGCCUAUACGGCGUGGCGAACCACUCUGGCACGCUGCUCUCAGGACAUUACACCGCUCACUGCCGACACCCGUACACGGCAGAGUGGUACGAGUACAACGACUCGCGGGUCCACGUGAUGGACCAGAGAAGCGUCAACAGCGGAAAGGCUUACGUGCUGUUCUUUGAGCUGGCCGGCUCGAAACACCGCUCCGGCUCGACCCACGUCUAGUCAUCCAGUCACGGGAGAGGAGCCUGCGAUCGUCACCCGCUCGGGCCCUGUGUAGUCACACCGACCGGCGCACAUUCUGCUCGGACAACUCUAGCCAGCGGCCUAUUGUGAUUUGUGAUAUUGCGUGUAAGGUGUUGUGAAAAACCAGAACAGCCUUUGGAUCUCACUGAAAACAUUGGCAAUAAACAAAACAAAAAAAAAA